AUGUAAAUAAAAUGUACCUAAGCUGAUCAUAAAAAUCAAUACAUAUUAGGGUUCUGCAUAGAUGCUUCUUGCCAAAAUUAAAGACCCUAUUGUAAUUUUUGCAUAUAAAGCCACAUUUAACAUUUAGAUAAGUUAACAACUUUAGAGCUUUUAUAUGAAUGGAUUGAGCAAGAAAUCGUUAAGAUUAAUAGUAUAUAAAAGGAUGUUUAAGAAUUUAAAGCAGCUCUUGAUAGCCUAUUAAAUUUUUUGUUUCCUUAUUUGAACUUUAAUAUUUAAUAAAUUUCAUAAUUAGGAGUAUCACAAAUUGACAAUUUAAUAAAAGAUUUAAGUAAAAUAGAGGGUUGUGAAAAAACAUUAUUAAAACAACUUAAUUAAUCAAUCGAAUAAGGAAAAUCGAUUGUAAAUGAAAUACUAAAAAAAAUAAAGAAUUAAACUGAUUUAAAAUAUAAUAAUAAUGAAUAACUUCCACAUUCUGACUUAGAUAAAUUAAAUUUAGAAUAAACAAUUCAUUCUUGUAUAUUAUAACCAAAUCUUAAGCCAUUCACUUAUGAGCUCAUGAAGUUUAAUACUAUUAAUUAAGAUGAAAGUUGUUUUGCAAUUGCUUUUAAUAAGGAUUGUUCAAUAGUAGCACUUGGUUGCAAUGAAUAUAUAAAAAUAUUUGAAUUAAAAUAAAGAUUCUUAAAUUAAAUACAAGUAUUAAAUGGACAUAAUUAUAAUGUAUUUAAUUUACAUUUCAUGAAAAAAUCAGAUUAAUUUAUAUCUGGAGAUUGUAAAGGAUCUAUUUUAAUUUGGUAAAAAAAUAAUAAUUAAUGGAAUCGUUCAUAUUCAUUUAAAGGACAUAAAGAUGCUAUUCGAUGUUUAAUUUUAAAUAAUAAUGAAGAUAUUUUAAUAUCUAGUAGUAGUGAUCAUACUAUAAAAUUUUGGAUAAAACAAGAUAAAUGGAUUUGUUAAUAAACUAUAACAAAUCAUAAUAAUUAUGUUGAUUAAUUAAGUUUAAAUGAUUUAGAAAAUUAAGUUAUUUCUUGUGGAUGGGAUAAAUAAAUAUUAGUAAUUGAAUACUCUAAAUAUAAUUAAGAGUGGAUUGUAAUUUAAAAUAUUGAAGUUGAAUGCGAAGGAAGAAAAUUAUGUUUUAUAAACAAUAAUUUAUUUACAUUUUAACCUGAAAAAGGCAAUUAGAUGCAUAUUUAUGAAUUAAAUGGAUUAACUAAAAAGUUUACUAAAACUAAGGAUAUUAUUGUAAAUCAAAGUGAUGAUGAUUAAUAUGGAUUAUUUGGAUAAUAAUUUAUUAGAUAAAAAUAGUUAUUAGUGGAUAAACAUUAUAAAUGUGUCAAUUUAAUAAGAAAGACAUAAAAUGAUGAAUUUAAAGUUGAAUAAUCGAUUAAAUUUGAUAGUAAUUGUUUAUAUGGAUAAAUGAGUGAUGAUGGAGAGUAUUUGAUUACUUGGGAUAAAUCAUCUAAAGAAAUAUAAAUUAGAAUAUUAACAGAAAAAUGA